AUGGUCAUCGCACGUCGAUUCUCCAUCACUAAUUUCGCAAUUGCAACCACAGCCUUAGGCUUUCAAGUGUUUGUACUCUACCCUUGGCAUCAGAAGUUGGACGAUGAUUUCGAGAAAGUGAAGCAAGAAAUCCAUGCGGAUAGGCAAGCUCGAGAUCGGGAGCUGCAGUCCAUAAAAGAUCUCCUUGGAUCCUUG